AGCAGUGCUGUCACAGCGGGAGGAUGAACAACCACAAAUGUAGCACUUUAUUUCAGAAAGCCAGGGGACGGACGAGGAUUAUACAGUGUAUUUAUGUGGUGGGCUUCAUGGACUUGUUUGGGGUGAGCAUGAUCAUCCCGCUGCUGAGCCAUCACGUGAAAGCUCUUGGAGCCAGUCCCACUGUCGCUGGUAUUGUAGGAUCUACAUAUGGGAUCUUACAGCUGUUCUCAAGCACUGUAGUUGGCAGCUGGAGUGAUGUGGUGGGACGGCGAUACUCUCUGCUGACCUGUCUGCUGUUGAGUGCACUCGGCUAUGGUCUGCUCGGGAUGUCCAGCAGUAUCGCCUUGUUUGUGCUUGCACGGAUACCUGUGGGGCUGUUCAAGCACUCACUGUCCAUCUGCAGAGCCCUGCUGUCUGACCUGGUGUCUGAGUCAGAGCGCCCUCUGGUGAUGGGACACUUUAAUGCAGCUUCCAGUGUCGGCUUCAUUUUGGGCCCUGUGGUGGGGGGCUAUCUCACAGAGCACGAGGGUGGCUUCUAUACCUCCUCAUUCACCUGUGCUGCCAUCUUCCUCAUUAACGCAGGGUUGGUAUGGAUGCUACCAUGGAGCGAGUCUCUACUACACCGUAAUGGCAUUAACUCCAGCAAUAAUACAAGUAAAGUUGACAACAACUGUCGUAAGUCCGUACACAAUGGUUCUCAUGCAAAUAGCAACCAUCCAGUGUUGGCAGCAGAGACUGACCCAGCCUACAGAGCUUCCACAAAGCACCAAGGUGGUCUGAUGUCAAGGGAGGUGUCUCUGCUCCAGCCUGCCUGGAGACAACUAUCUUCAGUGGGCUCCAAGAUCCACAUGGUGGCCUCCUCUGACAUGUGGGACCUCUUUUUAGUGCGUCUAUUGAUGGCCAUAGCUAUCAUGCUCUACUACAGUAACUUCUCUCUAGCCAUGGAGGAGCGUUUCUCACUUAAACCAAAGGUAACAGGUUAUCUGAUCAGCUACAGCAGCACCUUAGGGGCCCUGGCCGGGUUUUUGGUGGGGCCAGUCACCCAGUUGUACGGCAACAACAUGCCUGCUCUGCUGCUUCACUCCACAAUGCUCACCUGUUUGUUAAUUUUUCUGUACGCUGCUGCACCCAGUGUGUGGCAGGUGCUGCUCUCCUCCACAUUCUUUGCCAUUUCCACCAGCAUUGGACGGACAUGUAUCACAGACCUGGAGCUGCAGAGGGGAGGGGUCCAGGCCAGCGGGACUCUGAUCGGAGCUGGGCAGUCAGUUACCGCCGUUGGUCGAGUCCUGGCCCCGCUGCUCUCCGGUCUGGCCCAAGAGUUCAGCCCCUGCGGCCCCCCCAGUCUAGGAGUGGGCCUGGCUCUAUCAGCUGUAGGUUUACUGCUUAUCAGGAUCCCCAAGUGGGAUGGGAGAGGGGUGACAAAAAUAUUAAAAACACAUUGAAAAUCCACCAGUCAGAGAAGUGCUCUCAUGAGGCCAGCUGUGAAGACAAACAGCAGACUCACAGUGGGAACAAUGUUUCCCACCAGAGCAUGUUUCCUGACUAAAUGCCUUUUGCCUAACUUAUCUGCAGAUGGGAUGACAUCACAAGGUAAAAAAUGGCUCAAAAAACACCAGCAAGGCAGUCCUUCUCUCAGGUAGAUGGAUUCAAAAAUCAAGUGCAGCAUUGAGAUGAGGACAGGGCUGAGAAACAUAUGGCUCGUGUUGGCACAUAUUAUUUUGGACAACUUUGUUUGGCAACAAUGCACACUUUGAUUUUAAUGUAAUUUUAUAACCACUGUAUAGUCCAAAUUCUGUUAACGUCACAUCCUGUCAGCCUGCUGUUGAUUAUUACAAGUCUAAAGAACAUUUACUGCAUCACCAGAAGAUGGUGAUCCUCCUUUGACAUCUAAGGCCAUAAUACUUCAGACAUUCAUAAAUAAGUUGGAACCAGUGAUUACUGUGGUGAAAUCAGGCUCCCAGAACACACUAAUGCACUUCUGGAGUAGCCAGAAGCCACCAGUGCCAGCUGUUUCUCCACAUGCACUACAUCAUGAAUGGUUCCUAAUGUGGUAUAUGAGCAAAUGUUUGCUCUGGUUUCUGACUCUUUACUGUUAAACUGAACUUAUAAGUUUAAAUUUUUAAGAUUUUAAGAAAUUCUUUGU